GUUUCCUCUCUGCUCGUCUCGAGAAGAAGCCGAAGCCAAACAGCGCCAAAAGCCAAGCUCUCACCGGCGCUCAAUUGAUCUGAACGACCAACUCUAGGCGGUGAGGGGAAGAAUUUCGAUUCCAGUAUCAUUUCGCGAAGAUCUUUCCACAUUCCCGUGCUUCCGCUGUCGAGGUACAUCUGCGAGCAAAUAACCGUCGUUGUUCUAAGCUGUGAUGCGUUGUUCUUGGUUACGUUAUAGAGCGAGGUUUACUUUGUUAGAACGGCGGGCUCCGCUCAUCGGUCUCUGUUGUUUGGACUCAUAAUCCAGUCUGAUCUUGUUUCGAAUUUCCCGCGGUGGAAAUACGUAGUGUGGAGUAGGGUUACGAGUUAUGAAAAAUGAUUCGUAAAAGAUUAUCUCUCGCUUGUUUAUUUGUACAGUGUAUGAUUUUUAUUUUAUUUUAUUAUAGUUACAGUGUAUGAUUGUUGUGUGUGGUUUAUAGUUAAUUCGUUUUGUUUAGGUGAAGUUUCUCUGAAGCUUUGAAGAAAUUUGUUAUGGAGACUGCUUUCUUCAUGCUAGGGUUGAAUUGUAUGAUUGCAAUUGAAAUUCUUAGCUAUCUUUCUAAUUUCAGCAUCUUGUGGUGAUUGAAUGAUUGAUGAAGAUGGAUAAAAAGUGUUUGUGUAACUAGAUUCCUGCCAUUGCCUUAAGGCUAGGUGACCAUUGUGGGUUGGUUUGGUUGUGUAGUUGUUGUGAACUUUGAAAAUCUUCUGGAGAACUUUCUGCUUAUCUUUUUCGAUCAGUUUAAUCUGUCAUUUGCUUGUUAAAGGAUACUGUAGGUUUAAGAAGCAGUCAAAGAAUAGCCUGGCUAUAGCUGGAUAGUGGAUAAGCAUUGGUACAAUCGAAGUUAAAGAUGAUUUCGUCUGUCUUGAAUUGUCCUCCAACUUUCUUAGAUUCAGAACCUUGUGAACUUCCGCAAUUACGCAUUUCCUAUCAGAAGUCCUGCCAAAUUUGCUGGUGGUAGUUAAUUUCUUUUUCUUGUUGUUUGUUCUUGAUUCUCAGUGCUUUGUUUUCUCAAUUGAAGCAAUGAAGCCAGGAACUUCUAGUUUGAACCCGUAUGCAGCCUCAUAUGUACCUCUUUCUAGGAGGGAGGUAGUUGAACAUACUCAGUCUCCAGGGGUAGUUGCAAAACCUUCACAGAGUGGCAAUCGAAAUGUGUGGUAUGGACCUGGCUAUGCUGCUGAGAAUGGACAGCAGGGGAAAGCUUCUCCAAUUACUUCAGCAUCUACAGAGAGCCACUAUGGGCAUGGGUUCUAUGGUUCAUCAUUGCAACUUCAUGAUGGAAGAACCGAUAAACAAAUUAUUGAUGAAGAGUCUGACUUUGAGUUGGAAUUCCUACAGAUGACAUUUCCUGGUGUAUCUACAGAAUCACUUAUGGAUGUGUAUGCAGCUAAUAAUGGAGACUUGGAAAGCACUGUUGACAUGCUUAACCAGCUUGAGAUUGACAUUCCUCUCCCAGAUUCUUUGGAUAUCUGGGAUAUUCCGGAGCCCGUGCCAUCCAUGAAACAGAAGGCUGUCGUAGGUGAAGCCAGUGCCUCUUCAUCUGGUUCCUCAGUCUCAGGCCCCGCAGUCUCAACAAUCUGAUUCAUUUACAAGGGGAAAUUACAAAACAAAUGUUUAAAUUGUUGUUCAACCUUCUGUUUCAUUUCUCCCCAUUUCUGUGGAUAAAGGAGUAGUACAUAGAUAGAGGGGUUAAAGAGGGAAAAGUGCAUAGAAUAUGUUGUGGUACAGACUACAGAGUUUGUUAGGGUGCUUUUCUUUUGCUUGGAUUCACAGGCAUACAAGCUUUCAGUGUUGAAUCUUCAUAGCUGGAAGUUCGUCAUUUUGAGUUCUGCAGUUUUUGGUGUUACUCGGUUUUGCUCCCCAAUAGGAUGUAAAAACCGUGGAGGAUCGAUGGUGGUUUGGUUGUUGUAAGUGCAGCCAUAUUUGGAUUAUACAUAGUCAACUGCUGAAAGAUUUCCCUUGGUAAUUGCGCACACAAUUUGACUCUCAUUUCUGUUGGUUGUAGAUCUCCUAUCUGAGACGAAAUGUCGAAUUUUAGAUUCGAAUUGUAGGGCUUGGUGUUUCGCAUAGGUUGUGAGUAAUAAGCAAGGAUUGAAAUA